AUGGCAGAUGCGCUUGUUUCAAUGGUUAUGAAGAAACUCAGAGAAGAGGUUUAUUCGGUUGGUGGUGCGCAAGCAGAACUUGAAAAGAUAUCUUCUACAUUCGAAUCCAUUCAAGCACUUCUUAAUGAUGCAGAAAUUAUCCAAUUUCACAACGAAAGCAUGCAACUUUGGUUAAAAAAGCUCAAAGACAUGGCUUACGAUGUGGAGGACUUGCUAGAUGAGAUGAUUCCAUGGCCAGAACCUGAAUCAAGGACAGACGAUGGUGACGAUCAGCAGCGCAUGGAAAACCAGGCAUGGACGUGGUUAUUUUCACUCUUUUCAUGUUGCGGUCUAGAAGAUUGGAUGAGGUUAGCCCAUGAUUCAUGGACCGAUGGUGAUGAUAAUGAUAAUGGCAGCAUUGGAGAUAAGGUUCGGACCUUUUUUCCCACAAUUUUCAACAAAGUUGCGUCACAGCGUAAUUUUGCACAUCAGAUAAAAGAAGUGCGUGCGAAGCUGGAUCAGAUUGCAGAUGACAAAAGUAAGUUCAGUUCUGAGUUGAAUCACAGUUUCCGUGGUGGCAGUGAGCUUCACAAGACCGAGUCUCAAACGAGUUCGCACGUAGAUGAAUCAAAGAUGCUCGGGAGAGACAGAGACAAAGAUAUCAUAAUAAGCAAGUUGGUCAGCGGGAGCAGUUCUGAGGAGGGAGGGAUUCAUGUCAUUUCGAUAGUAGGCACUGGCGGGUUGGGCAAGACGACUCUUGCUCGAUUGAUCUACAAUGAUAAAAGGGUGACGAGCCAUUUCGAUAAGGUUCUAUGGGUUUGUGUUUCUGAUGAUUUUAAUGUCACAAAUCUUACAAAAGAAAUUAUAAAAGCAGCUGGAGGGACAAGUCCGCCGGAUUCUCAGCUAGACUCAUUGCAAAAGCAGCUUAUGGAAACAUUACACGACAAGCUAUUCUUGCUUGUCCUUGAUGAUGUAUGGAACAAUUAUAGUGACAGGUGGGAGAAGUUAUGGCUUUCCUUCCAAAGCGGUGCUCAAGGAAGUAAGAUUUUGGUCACCACUCGCAGCAAAAAGGUUGCAAUUACAUGCGAAUCCGCCUACAUGCAUAAAUUGGAAGGUUUAUCCGAUGAUGAUUGUUGGUCACUGUUCAGUAGCAGAGCUUUCACUGGGAGGAAAGUGGUAGAUUGCCUGGCGUUAGAAAAGAUCGGAAGAGAGAUAGUGAAGAAGUGUAAAGGAGUGCCUCUUUCGUUAAAGGUAAUUGGAAGCGCCAUGCGUUCCAAGAGGACGGCACAAGAUUGGCAGGACAUCUUGGAAAGCAAAACAUGA